UGUUGUCAUAUGUUUUCAAUAAUAAAAAGUAUUACAACCUGUAAUGUUGUAAUAUUUGUUUGAAUUAAUUUUGCAUAAAAUUUUUAAUAUUAAAACAUCAUGGAUUACAAAGCUGAACAAUGUGAUGAAAUUGAAGCGUUAGACUCUAUUUAUUCUGGUGAAUUAAAUAUCUUGGAGACGGAACCAUGUCACAAAUUCAUUAUUCCUAUCAAAUCUGAGCAAUAUGAACCAGAUACAAAUAAUGGUCUAGCAUGCGAUUUGCAAUUCACAUAUUCACCAAAAUAUCCAGAAGAGCCUUUGGAUAUCCAAAUUGAAAAUUCAGAGAAUUUUGAGGAUGGAGACGAAGAAAAAUUGCACCAAUACUUAAUGGAACAAAUGAGUGAAAAUCUUGGCAUGGUAAUGGUUUUUACUUUAGUUAGUGCAGCUCAAGAGUGGCUGAAUGUUCAGUGGGAUAAAAUUAAAUUCCAUAGAGAAGAGGCUAAAGCUAAAAAACUAAUUGAAGAAGAAGAAGCUGAAAGGAGGAGGUUUGAAGGAACUAGAGUUACAGUGGAAACUUUCAUGAAAUGGAAAGAACAAUUUGAAGAUGAAAUGGGUUACGCGAAGCGAAGAGAAAUGGCAGCACUACAAGGCAAAAAAUUAACUGGAAGGGAAUUAUUUAUGACUGAUAAAACGCUUAACGAGUCAGACCUUAAAUUUUUGGAUGAUGGUGAAACAGUUAGAGUCGAUGAACGUUUAUUUCAAAAUAUGGAUGAUUUGGAUCUAGAUGACGAUAAUAAUGAUGAUGAAAAUGAUGGUGACUCGUACAAAAUAGAAUCAUGUCGAGAAAUUAAUUGUUUAAGCAACAGUUAAUUUAUUUUUUAUAUAAAAUGAUUAAAAAGGGAUGAAGUAAUAAAUUAUAAGUUAUAACUAAGAAAA